AUGAAGAAUGUUACGCAAAAUCCUGCGUAUUUCCAUUUAACGCUUUUUGGAGAUUAUGGGCGUCUUCGAUAUCUGUUUUUUAUGUUGUCUUUGUUGAUCUACAUAAUGAUAAUCUCUGCUAACAUGGUCAUUAUAAUCAUUAUUAUGUUAGAAAGAUCUUUGCACCAGCCAAUGUACAUCUUUAUCUGCUGUUUAUCUGUGAACUCUCUGUACGGCUCUGCUGGAUUCUUCCCCAGGUUUUUGGUCGAUCUUUUGUCAGACACUCACUUUAUUUCACGUACUUCCUGUUUUAUUCAAAUUCAUGUUAUUUACACAUACGUUUCAUGUGAGUUUACAAUACUUGGAGUCAUGGCUUACGACAGGUUUGUGGCCAUCUGUCAGCCUCUGCAUUAUCACACUAAAAUGACCAUAAGGAAAGCAGUGUUUCUGUGGGGAAUUGCUGUUGUUUACCCAGUAUUCACAGUGACUUAUGCCUUGGUCCUCACUAGUCUACUCUCCUUGUGUGGGAACGAAUUGCCUAGGAUUUUCUGUGCGAAUAGAGCAGUGGUACACCAUUCCUGUGGGGAUGUCACACACAGCGUGAUUGUUGGUUAUAUAAUUUUCUUCACAACAAUUUUUGUCCCUUUGUUUUUUAUCUUGUCCUCAUAUGUGCAAAUUCUCAUCGUGUGCAAAAGGGGCAGCGCUGAACUGCGAGGAAAGGCUUUGCAAACUUGUCUUCCACAUUUAGUGACUUUUGUGGUGUACUCCUGCUCUGUUUUUGUUGAGAUGUCUAUUUCACAAUUUAACACAGGUCAAAUUAACCCAGUAGUAACAGCUAUUAUAUCGUUGGAGUAUCUAAUGGUGCCCUCCAUCAAUAAUCCUCUAAUUUACGGCCUAAAGCUGCCCAAGAUCAGAGCAGCAGUUUCUCGCCAUUUUAAAAUCAGAACUAAGAUCGUGUUGACCUCACAACCAAAAUAA